AUGGGGAACAGCUGGGCGGCGCAGUGGUGCUGCUGGCUCUUCCCGAGGCGGGAAGCGGGACGGAUCCAGCGAGGAGGAGGGUAAGCACGGGACGUGGAAGAGGAGGCGGGACGGGCAGGGCGGGACGGUGGCUGUGACUCCACCUUUUCGAGGUGUGGGGGGGGGGGGGUUAGGUAGUGCCCAGGUGGGACUGUAGGGCGAGUUGCCUCGCGGUUCAGCGGCGGAGUCUCGCGUCCCUUCAGGCUGACACUGCCAAGACGUGGCAGCUGCCUCAGGUGUUAAUGGAGGGAGCAGGAAUGCGAGUCUAGCGACGGUCAUCACUCCACAUUGCUGGAUGGAGCCUCCGUGAUCAGAGGCAGGGUAUCUCUGAAUGUUGCGGGGGAAGCAACAGCGGGGUGAGGGCUCUUUAGUUUGUGCGGCUUCCCCCCCCCCCCCGGAAGCAUUUGAUCGGCCUCUAUGAGGAAACAGGAUGCUCACGAGAUGGACCUUCGGUGUGAUCCAGCAGGCCUCUCAUGCUCUCCUGCCUAAAAGCCUGUAAUGCGAGAUUAUAGCAACAGGAAUCUGUCGCAAAAGUUAUAGGUGCCGUUUUUGCAGCUUCACCCAGUUCUUGGAGAGGGUGGAAUGGCAGUGGAGAGUCGGCUGUGUGGCUGUUUUUCAAAAGUAUAUGGUUAGUCACGGGGAAACGCAGCGCCAGAAUAGAUUCACCUCCAGGCUGAUAGGCUGUUUACCCCUCCCCCAUAGGAAGGGUUCAAUAAAGAAAGAAAUGUCAGUGUUUCCUGAUUGCUUCUGCUGUCACUCAAGGUUCUCUAGUAUUUAUCCAUAGCUGAAAGAACAUCACUUGGGGGAAGAGAAGCAGAUCAGUUCUCCUGACAAGAGAAUAGGUUAUACUUGUAUAGAUAUAUUCUCCGUCUGUCAAGGGGGGGGGAGGGGGGAUGCAAGAAGAAUUCAGAGUCUGCUGGCCCUUAGCUUGGCAGUCACGAUCUCAAAUGGAGGACAGUUGCAACUUUACACGGAUAGCCCAGCCCCACACUGACAACUGGUAGCAGUAAAUAAAAAAAAAGCAGAGAAGCAGAAUAACUUUUAAUCUUAAUGUAUUGGCAAUGCUAUAAAAUGGUGUUGAUUGCUGUUCAAAGCUGUGAUACUACUAAUCCAGAAGUAAGUAGCAGUAAGAAGGAGGCAUAAAACAAUUCUGGGAAGGAUAGGAAUUUCUGUGCUACAGUUUAUCACUUGUUUAGUUAUAUUUAUAUUUUCUUUUUUCCUCCAAAGGCUUCAAGGUGGCAUAUAUGUUUCUCCCUUUUUUCUCCCCAUAUUUUAUUUUCACAAUCCUGUGAGGUAGGUUAUGCUGAGAAAUAGUGACUGGUGCAAAGCCACCCAGUGAGCUUGAUCACAUGGAGCUUGAUCUUAUGCAGAUUUACUCAGGCCCUAGUGAGUUCAGUGGAUCUCACUCUCAAGUUGAUCAGCACAGGAUUGCAGGAUAAAUGUAAAAAGUGUGCAAAGGGCUGUAUGCCUUGUUCUUGCACAAGGGCAGAGAAAAAUUAAAUAUCUGUUUUUUGUGGUAGGUUUCUUUGAAUUCCUUCUGUAAAAGGCAAGGAGGAUAAAUAAAGGACAAUUAGUUUUCCAAAAUGUAGUAAAAAAUGGAGCAAUAGAAAAGUUGAUACUACUUUUAUCUUUGAGUAGACAUCUAUAGGAUUGCAGUGCGAAGCAAAUCUGGAUAUUGGCUUCAUCUAAGGCAAAUCUUAUCCAAGCCAGACAGAAUGGGAGGGGUGAGGGGGUUGUAGUCCAGCAACAACUAGAAGUGCAUAAGUUUUCCAUCCCUGAUUAAGGUUUGCUGUUCACUUGCCUACUGGCUUAGGUUCCCUUAAAAAACCGAUUUGGCUGAUGUUCACAUGAAUUUGAUUGAAACAAUAACUAAGAAGGAAAGAGGUGGUUAAAGCUGAGAAACAUUUGUUUCAGCAUAGAUUGAAGCUCUAUUUUGUGGUCCUGUGAGUACAGUAUAAGCUUUCAUCCCUUGUGUUUGCCUUUACUGCAGACACUGACAUUCAAACAGGCAGCAAUUACGCUUUAGUGCACUAGAUGCUACUUCAAGAAGGGGAUAUGACAUUAAAGAAUUCACAGAAACUAAAUGUUCUAGUUAAUCUUCUAGGAAAUAAUGUUGACAAUGGUAAGGUGUGAUGUCAGGAACUGCAAUAGUUUGCCUUGUUCUAUCAACCCACCUUCCUCUGAAAUUAAAAUAGACAUAAAAUCUGUAAUAUUUUAAUACAACAAACUGUCAGUUGCUCAAAGGAUUUGGAAUGAUCUCACCAAUUUACACUUCCUAGAUUUGUUUGGUGUCUUGAGUAUUAUGCCCAAAUUUUCCCCUUAGCUUAUUUAAUAUUCUCUGCAUAGUUUGCAUUUGUGUAGGCAUAUGGAUGAGUAAGAGACAAUGUCAGUAGCAGGCUACUUAGUUGCUCAGACAACAAGAUGUCCAUGUUUUCCCCCAGGUCUGCCAAUUACAACAAAGGUGCAUAAAGUACAGCAUUUUUGAGAGCAAAAUCCUAACUUCUUGAGACAACAGCAAGGCUUAUUGGAGCAGCAGAGCACUGCCACAUCCAGAGAACUGCCUGCCAUGGCAAACAUGUAGGAGGAGGAAAAGUAUGCAUCUUUGCUGGGCCAGCUCAAGGCUGACGGACCCAAACUGGCUACUUGGUACAACUUGCUGUCAAUUGUACUGGCUUAGGAUCUAGUGGAUCCUUGGCCAACUCUGCUCCUAAAACACCCAUGGGGGGUGUUAUGCUGGCAGAAACUUCUACCUGUGCUUUCAGUAGAAGUGGAGAGCUUUAUCAUAGCAGAGACUCCUUGCUGGCAAAGCCUGGCAAGGCAAACACCUUCAGCCCAUCAAAAACCCAUCCAUAGCAGUAGAUCAUGGAUUUGGAUUGCUUUGUCCACGGCUCUAAAAGCAGUAAAGGAGAAAAGUGUUUUUACCCUUUCUGCCAGCAGCCAAGGCCUUACUGAAAAUUUAUAGUGGUCCAGAGAACUGCAGCUAAUCUGCAUUAGUGUACUUUUCAUAUAACAUCAGUGUCUGCAUCUUACUAAACUGCAGGUGGUAGAUAUUCUGCAAUAUUCUUAAUUACCCUGAAUUAUUAUUAUUAUUAUUAUUAUUAUAUUUGUUUAAAGGUGGGUUAACCCUUAAGACCUUGGAAAACUUGAAAUAUGAAAUAGUCUGAACUUUUUAAAAAGCAAAAAAAAAUGUCUUUUUAAAAAUCCACCCGUUUCUUGUUAGUGCUUUGGGCCACACAUCUUGGGAACCCCUGUUCUACCACCCUAUUAUGUAUGUUGUUGUCGUUUAGUCGUGUCCGACUCUUCGUGACCCCAUGGAACAGAGCACGCCAGGCACUUCUAGCUUCCACUGCCUCCCGCAGUUUGGUCAAACUCAUGGUGGUAGCUUCGAAAACACUAUCCAACCAUCUCGUCCUCUGUCGUCCCCUUCUCCUUGUGCCCUCCAUCUUUCCCAACAUCAGGGUCUUUUCCAGGGAGUCUUCUCUUCUCAUGAGGUGGCCAAAGUAUUGGAGCUUCACGAUCUGUCUUUCCAGUGAACACUCAGGGCUGAUUUCCUUCAGAAUGGAUAGGUUUGAUCUUCUUGCAGUCCAUGGGACUCUCAAGAGUCUCCUCCAGCACCAUAAUUCAAAAGCAUCAAUUCUUCGGCGAUCAGCCUUCUUUAUGGUCCAGCUCUCACUUCCAUACAUUAUUACUGGGAAAACCAUAGCUUUUACUAUACGGACCUUUGUUGGCAAGGUGAUGCCUCUACUUUUUAAGAUGCUGUCUAGGUUUGUCAUUGCUUUUCUCUCAAGAAGCAGGCGUCCUUUAAUUUCGUGGCUGCUGUCACCAUCUGCAGUGAUCAUGGAGCCCAAGAAAGUAAAAUCUCUCACUGCCUCCAUUUCUUCCCCUUCUAUUUGCCAGGAGGUGAUGGGCCCAGUGACCAUGAUCUUCGUUUUUUUGAUGUUGAGCUUCAGACCAUAUUUCGCACUCUCCUCUUUCACCCUCAAUAAAAGGUUCUUUCAUUCCUCCUCACUUUCUGCCAUCAAUGUUGUGUCAUAUCUGAGGUUGUUGAUAUUUCUUCCAGCAAUCUUAAUUCCGGCUAGGGAUUCAUCCAGCCCAGCCUUUCGCAUGAUGAGUUCUGCAUAUAAGUUAAAUAAGCAGGGAGACAAAAUACAGCCUUGUCGUACUCCUUUCCCAAUUUUGAAUCAAUCAGUUGUUCCAUAUCCAGUUCUAACUGUAGCUUCUUGUCCCACGUAGAGAUUUCUCAGGAGACAGAUGAGGUGAUCAGGCACUCCCAUUUCUUUAAGAACUUGCCAUAGUUUGCUGUGGUCGACACAGUCAAAGGCUUUUGCAUAGUCAAUGAAGCAGAAGUACAGUGGUGCCCCGCAAGACGAAUGCCUCGCAAGACGGAAAACUCGCUAGACGAAAGGGUUUUCCGUUUUUUGAGCUGCUUCGCAAGACGAAUUUCCCUAUGGGCUUGCUUCGCAAGACGAAACGCAAACGUCUUGCAAGUUUGUUUCCUUUUCUUAACACCAUUAAUACAGUUGCGACUCGACUUCGAGGAGCAACUCAUAGAACGCUGUGUGGUAGCCUUUUUUUGAGGUUUUUGAAGACUUUGGUGAUUUUUGAAGCUUUUCCAAAACUUCUUUUAAACUUUUAAAACUUUUUUUGGGGGGGUUGGAUUUUGGGUUGGGGUGUUUGGAAUUCAAGGACUUGGUGUUGGGGAGGGGUUUGCAAGAAUCUGGAAGCUUGUUUUUUUUUCCCCUGCAUUUUUAUGAUUUCCUGUGACCAUUGGGCCACUCUGCUGUUUUUUUAAAAAAAAUUCUGGAUUUGAAUUUCUGUGUGGUGGGUGGCUGGGGGAACAGUUGAGGAGGGGUUUGCAAGAAUCUGGAAGCUUGUGUGUUUUUUUUCUGCAUUUUUAUGAUUUUCUGUGACCAUUGGGCCACUCUGCUGUUUUUAAAAAAAAAAUUCUGGAUUUGAAUUUCUGUGGGGUGGGUGUCUGGGGAACAGUUGAGGAGGGGUUCUUCAGCAAGAAGCAAAGAGUGGAAGAGGAACCUUCUUCGAGUUGUCCCCCAGAGUCUUAGAAAAUGUACUGUACACUUUGUUGAUUUUUAAAUGUUUUUCUGUCAUGUUUAGAAACUUAAUUUAUUGUUCCUUCAAUUUUUGAAAUGCUCUUUACAGUAUGUGUGACUUUAAAGAGCACUUAAUAAACUCUUGUUGUACCAAAUUUGGCUUUGUUUGGACUUUUUUUGACCAUAGGAACGCAUUAAUUGGAUUUCAAUGCAUUCCUAUGGGAUUUCGUGCUUCGCAAGACGAAAAAUUCGCUAGACGAAAAAACUCGCGGAACGAAUUAAUUUCGUCUUGCGAGGCACCACUGUAGAUGUCUUUCUGGAACUCUCUAGCUUUCUCCAUAAUCCAGUGCAUGUUUGCAAUUUGGUCUCUGGUUCCUCUGCCUUUUCUAAAACCAGCUUGCACUUCUGGGAGUUCUCGAUGCACAUACUGCUUGAGCCUUCCUUGUAGAAUUUUAAGCAUAACCUUGCUAGCGUGUGAAAUGGGUGCAAUUGUGCAGUAGUUGGCGCAUUCUUUGGCACUGCCCUUCUUUGGGAUUGGGAUGUAGAUUGAUCUUCUCCAAUCCUCUGGCCACUACUGAGUUUUCCAAAUUUGCUGGCAUAUUGAGUGUAGCACCUUAACAGCAUCAUCGUUUAAAAUUUUAAAUAGUUCAGCUGGAAUACCAUCACUUCCACUGGCCUUGUUAUUUGCGGUGCUUUCUAAGGCCCAUUUGACUUCACUCUCCAAGAUGUCUGGCUCAAGGUCAGCAACCACACUACCUGGGGUGUACGAGCCAUCCAUAUCUUUCUGGUAUAAUUCCUCUGUGUAUUCUAUACUGUAUACUGCUCCGUAAUCUUUCGAUAAAGGGUUGUAUAUGUAUUUAAUAAAUAAUAAUACAUAGCUGUCAACUUUUCCCUUUUCUUGCGAGGAAUCCUAUUUGGAAUAAGGGAAUUUCCCUUAAAAAAAGGGAAACGUCGACAGCUAUGAUAAUAACAUGCAGUCCAUUAAUUAGUAUGUAUAUUUGGAUUGAAUGAAACAAUUAGAAUACACCUUACAUACAUUUCCAUUCUGCUUGUUCUGAAUAUCUCCUGAUUUUUUUUAUAAACCUAAUGUAAAUUAUCCAAGCAUCACAGGGUUCACCAAAAAAUGUUUUUUUAAAAUAUAAUCUCUGUUUAUUCAUGUAGAAAGUGGUUUAAUGCCAGUGGUUCUAGAAAUUCUGUUUAAAUUGUUUGUUGUUCAAGUUUCGUUGGCUGUGUGCUGCAGGCAUAAUUAGAAAGUGGGUCAGAUCUAGUUUCUGUGCUCUCAUUGUUAACUUCCACUUUAUUCCUAGAGGGAUCACAACAUCAUUCUUAUAAUAAUGCUUCUGGGAAUAUAUAUAUAAUUAGAGCUCUGGGCUUACUGUUAUUGCCCUACCUGGAGAGUACCUAAGGCCGCCACAUACAGAAAGCAAUAUUUUUUUUAUAGUUAUUUUUUAUUUUAAAAGGGUUAAAUUUGUACACAUUCUUAGCAUCCAGAACAUUGUUGUAAAGGUUAUUUAUAUAGUUAUUGCAGAAGAGACUGCAAUCCUGGGGAGGCUCCUGCUGGAGGAAAGGGAAGAAGUAUAUUUUCCACUUUCUACUGUACAAAUGGGUCCCCCAACCCUCCAGAACAGCCUUUCAGAGAGCUGCACAUGGAAGGAAUAGUUGGGGGAAAUUACCUCUCUCCCCCUGAUGCUCCAGUUGUAGUGGAACUCCAUGCAUGGUUUGUCAUUCCGCAGUAUCUGAUAGUACUCUGCCUAAAGUGAUAAGUGAAUAUAUCAUCAGCAUAAUAUUGAUUAAUCCUUUUGAAAAUACACAAGCAUAAUAGGUGCCCAUACUGUUGUUGAUAACAAGGCCGUGCUUACAUUGCCCAUGCCAUACUGUAAAUCUAAUUGGUUGCCACACUUACACCAGUCCUUUUUACAGGGUAUAUGCUGCAUUUCUCAUGCACUGGAUAAUAUGAAAAUCACAUCUUUUUUCUUUCAAAUGGAGGGCAUUCCAAUAAAAAUGUCUAUUUAAUAUAACAUUUGAACCACAUGAUGUGUACUUUAAUAUCCCUCCAAAUAUUUCAUUUCAAAUGCUUGUUGUGUUUGAGGACAAACAAAUAUUAUGGAAUAUUUGUUUUAAUUUUAUUGACUAAAUACAAGCAAAAGCAAACAUUCUAAAUUAGAUCACUCAUCAGAAAAACGUUUUUAGAAAACCCACAUUGCUAUACACAGCUCUUAAAAGAUACAGAACUGUAGUGUUGAACGUUUCUGAGAACAGAGAAAACUACUCUAAGAAUUCUUCAGUUAUAAUACUAAUUAAUGUUGUGGUAAAUGUUGGUUUAUUUUCUAGAUCAAAGUACUUCAGGACCUGUGCCACAGGAGAACACUUCACUAUAGAGGUGAGUAAAGGCUUUCAAUUCCAAAACUUACUGCUGCUUUCAUUUUGGAACUAAUAGGAGAAAAACAAUCACAUUUCCUAAUUGAAAUAUGCGAAAGGAAAUAUCUUUAGAUACAAGUAUCGGAUGCAUUUUGUAUCUAAACAUAUGGCAUCUAGGAGUAGAAGAAAUAUCUGUGUCCCUGUGAAGGGUGGCGAUUGGAUCCAGCAGACUUCUCUUUCCACAGGUAAAGAAGGAUGCGGUUAUUUUCCCUCUCUUUAAAAUAGAUGGGAGGGGAAAUGGUAAAAGUUCAUUGCACAGUGGGAAGCUUUCAUAUCCUUUUGCCAGCGCAAGACCAGCAAGGCUUCGGAAGUGGCAGUUAUUCCCUGUGCCUGCCCGACCUCCAUAGAAUUACCGUAUUUUUUGCCCUAUAGGGCGCACCUAGUUUUUUUGGGGGGGGGGAAUAAAGAAAAAAAAUUUGCCCCCCCAGGCGCGGGGCUGGGGCGGGGGAAGCUCGGGCUUCCCCCGACCCCAGCCCCCAGAACAGGCUGCUAUCCGCAAGCCUUGGGAGCCUGGCAGGAAUGCCCGCUGGUCUCCCCAGGCUUGCGGAUAUCUGCCCGGGGCGCGCUCCGCUGCGCUCCCCGGGUUUCGGGCUGCAGGCUGCUGUCCGCAAGCCCGGCGGGAAGUCACGCCGGGCUCCCAAGGCUUACGGAGAGCUGCCCGAAGCCUGGAGAGCGAGAGGGAUCGGUGCGCACUGACCCCUCUCGCUCUCCAGGCUUCAGCGAAAGCCUGCAUUCGCCCCAUAGGACGCACACACAUUUCCCCUUCAUUUUUGGAGGCGGAAAAGUGUGUCCUAUAGGUUGAAAAAUACGGUACUUUAAUAGCAUAAGAAAUACAAUAACAAAGUUGAUGGGCAUGUUUGUGUGAUUUCUGUUUUUACCAAAACUUUGUAAGUGCCCACUGAGUUUGCAUAGGUACUUAAAUAAGAUCAAGAACAUAUGGGAUGAUAUAUGUCUAAAUACAUGUUCAAUUUUAGCUGUAAUACUUCUUUAAUUGAAAUAUUGUUCUAUCUACUUACAGUUUGAGAAUCUAGUGGAAAGCGAUGAGGUAAGUAGCUUUCUGAUAAAGAAAGUUCAUUAGAACAAUUUUAUGUGUAAAGUGGAUCAUUAGCCUUCUAAAGCAUGUUUGAACCAAGGGUAACCUAAAAGGCUGUAAAUUGGGAAAACAUGGAAAGAAACAGUUUUUUAAACAGCCUCUUUAUAUAAUGAGUUGAUAAUUACUUUGAAAACCAUGUUCCCCGAGACUGUCUCUGAGCAGGGCUAUAUACAGACAAGCACAGCUUUGCCUAGCUCUUAUGUUGCCAAUAUGUUAUAGAUGGAGUUACAGAUCAUUGAAUCAAAAUGUAUAAAGACAGGGUUUUUUAUCACAGAUGGAUCCAUAUAUUUAAUUUCUAAUUUUUAAAAGGAUGGUGGGGUUGCUUGUUAAAACAAAUCUAUCAGUUCUGUUUCAAAGAUAGCAUGAUAAUACAAUUGUUAUAGCCUUUAAUAUUGGGUAUCUCUUGAUAAUUUUUAAUAGGGUGAGAGUCCAGGAAGCAACCAGAGGUGGGUAUUUAUAACAUAUUUUCUCUCUCUCCCACCCACUAUUAUUUUCACCUUGUUUCAUCAUUCUGAUCAUCUACUUUUCCUAUUAGUAGGGUGAUUUUGCCUGAAAUAUUGGGUUCUUUAUCAGAGUGCCUUUUGGCAUUUUGAAUGGACAGAUUGGUGGGUGGGUAAUUUUCCAGCUCUAAAAAUGCAUUGUUUCUUAAAAUUAUAAAUAGUAACAUAUUGAAUAGGUAUAAUAUCAGCUAAAUUAGGCAGUUUCAAAAUUGUAAUUAUUUUUUUAAAAUCACUACCCCUAAGAACCAUGCAUCCAUAUAAAGUAAAUACAAAAGUUUGUCUCUUUUUGGGUGUGUUAAAAUGUGUAUGUUAACAGUGUAUAAUGCCUUUACUAUGACUUAAAAUAGCUACACAUAUUCCAAUGAAAUAAAUUCCAAGCAAAGUUUUUAAUUUGUCUUUGUUUGCAAGAGAGGUCUAUCCUUAAAAUCCAAAUCAGUGUCUUUUUGAUGUCUUCUUAAAAAAUUUUUUGGGAUAAGUCAAUUGUAGUCCCAAUUUCUCUAGUCUGAACAAUUAUCAAUAUAUCAAUAUCUAUUUUCUAAUGUGUAUUAGCUUAAUCAUGAAGUCCAGAGGGUGGCAUUAUGACAACAGGCCUUUUCUGCAGUGGCUUCCCAUUUGUGGAAUGUUCUCCCCAGGCAUAGCUGUCAACUUUUCCCUUGAAACAAAUCCUAUUCGGAAUAAGGGAAUUUUCCUUUAAAAAAGGGGGAAAGUUGACAGCUAUGCCCCAGGGAGGUUUCCCUAGCACCUUCAUUAUAUAUCUUUAGGUGCCAGGCAAAAACAUUCCUUUUCAACCAGGCCUUUGGCUGAUUAAUAUUCUACAGCCUUUUAAAUGUGUUUGUGGGAGGAGGGAGGCUAUUGUUUUGUUGUUUUUGUUUUAACUAUUUAUAUGUGCUUUCACCCUGUAUUUUUUAUCUUAUGAUGAAGGGCAGUAUAUAAAUCUAAUAAAUUAUAUAAAUUCUAAAAUCACCAUAAUUUAUCAUUUAUUUUUUGUGAAGUAAGAAUUGCUACUGUAAUGUAUAAAAUUUAAUGCAUCCCUUUUCAAAAUCUAAAUAAAAAUAUGCAGACAAAAAGGGAAAUAAAUAAUGUGCUGUAUGUUUUAUAAAUAUUGGAAUAUUUUAGUUAAUCAUGUAGGACAGCAGAAACAUCUAGCGAAGGAUAGAUCUGGCCUUUGGAGACAGUCUCCAUGACAGCUUGCUGAGGAAGCUGGUGGAGCAGAGUGCCAAGUGGGCAGCCUCUUUCUUCUUCCUUUUUCUCCAGACCUUUGACUGAAGAAGAAAUUGCUGAUCUAAGGGGAAGGCACUACAAUUCCAUUGCUGAAAAACAAAGAACAUUAGAUGAUAGACUUCUGUCAGAGGUAGGCAUAGUAACCAUUCAUGUAUGCACAGUUGUCUAUACCAAUAACUGGCUGACAAAAGUGGAAGCUUGAUAUGGUGAAUAGAGCAAGCUAGGUCUAACAACACCGUUAACAAGAUGUGACGGAAGAAAAAAUAAAGCUGUAGUACAGUAGUUAGAGUUCUCUCUGUGGAAACAGAAAAGUGCUGUGGAGAACAAAGCUAGUAGAAAAGCUUCCACUUGCGGGUAGUUUUGAAUGUUAAAAGGAAAUGCUAACAGAUCAUGCACAAAUUACUCGUACAUCCUAUUUUCGUACUUCCAAUCUAGCGGGGCUCUUUGAAUGAUCAUAUGUAAAUGUUGGGUUCAAAUUAUGUAUAUGUCUGACUUCUGUUUAUGAUCAGUGGAAUACCUUGAGCUAAAAUUGCUUUUAAAGAAGAUGUUAAUUUAUCUAGUUAAUAUGCUUAAUUCAAAUAACAAUUGAUAAUGGAAGAUAGUAUGGAAGAUAGUAUGAAAAUAGUUUCUUUUUUUAAUCACACCAGUAAAUUUUGUGUUUUGUAUUUUCAUGAAUAACUUUUUCCUUUAAAUUUAGUGCACUUAUUUUCAUAGGAAAGAUAGCUAGGUUCUCUUUUGUUAAUCCUUACUAUUUUGUUCAUAUACAGUUAGCCAAACAAGAGGAGAAGUUAAGAAUAGAAGAGGAGACUUUAUAUGCUGCGCAGCGUGAAGCAGCCAGGGCAGCAAAGCAGAGAAAGCUCUUGGAGGUGAGGGGAGAAGACCCCAAAAUAUAUGUAUCAGAGCCCCUGUUGUGUAUCUUGCUCUUAGUUUCACAUGCUAUCUUAAACAGAACAUUCCAAGUUUCUUUGCAGUAGUUUCUAAUUCCUUUAAUCUCUUGAGCAGAGUAUCAAAUAUUUUAUAUAGGACAUUAGUAUACAUAUAUUUAAUAUGUUUCUACUAUUGAACCUGUAGUGAGUAAAUAACAGUUGGCCAGUUACUUAAAACAUUCUGAAGAUACUAACUGCAGGCUAGUCAAUCUUGCAGAAGAUUGUAGGAUCAUUAAUCCUUUCGUUAUAUUGACAAUCUGUCAAUUUUAUGGAAGUAAGUGAAAUUUUAAAAUUAUUCUAGAUCAUAACUGUCAGUAUGAACUUACUGUGUCUGAGGACACUACAAACUGUAGAUGGUGGUUGGAGAAAGCUUGGCAAAAUCUAGGACAUGAGUAGGCAAACUAAGACCUGGGGGCUGGAUCUGGCCCAAUCACCUUCUAAAUCCGGCCCAUGGACAGUCUGGGAAUCAGCGUGUUUUUACAUGAAUAGAAUGUAUCCUUUUAUUUAAAAUGCAUCUCUGGGUUAUUUGUGGGGCCUUCCUGGUGUUUUUACAUGAGUAGAAUGUGUGCUUUUAUUUAAAAUGCAUUUCUGAGUUAUUUGUGGGGCAUAGGAAUUUGUUCUUUUUUCCCCCUUCAAAAUAUAGUCCGGCCCCCCACAAGGUCUGAAGGACAGUAGACUGGCCCCCUAUUGAAAAAGUUUGCUGACUCCUGACUAGGAUAAAGAUCUUGUCCUGCAAUACUAAGCUUGCUUUGAAAGGAAGUGAACCCAUAUGAUAAAUCUGAAUGAUAAAUCGUUAGGGCAGGGAUGGGUGCCCUUUUUUUUUCUUUCUUUUGAGAGAUGUAUUCCUUUUUGGGGUAAUCGUUUGUGGCACAUGUGCCAAAUGUGUGUACAGGGUUGAAAUCAGUUAUGGUACAGGGACAGAGUAUAAGUGGGUGGCAUCCUCUUCUUUCUCUUUCCUCUCCUCUACUACCUAGCAGGGAGAUACCACUCUUGCCAGAGGUCUGAACUGAUCGCUUGCAGAGGGCUGAGGGUCACAUGCAGGUCAAGGGCUGUAGGUUGCCCAUCCUGGGUUAGAGCACCAGAGAGACUUGAGUUCAGUUACUCAACCUUGAAAGUCACUAUCUCUUAGCACAGCUUGCCUCACUGGGCAGGAGGUGGGGGAAGAGCCAUGUACAUCCCCCUAGUGUCCUUGGAGGAGGGUAGGAUACUAACACAUAAGUAGAUAUCAGCGAUAAGGAUUCGCAUUGAUAAUUUUUAGAUAACUUUUAAAAUAUAUAACUUUACCACUUUCUCCUUUUGUGGGGUGGGGAUGCUUUCAGGGGUUUUGUUCUCCUUUGUUUUGUAUGCUUUUUACUCCAUACCUAGCAGCCAUCAUUCUUCAGAGAGAAGCAUUAUUGAAAUUUUGUGCAAAGAUGUUAAUGAUGGAUUUUCUGGAAUGCAUCAGAAAUAAUGUCCUGUAGUGGGAGGAGAGAGGAGUCAUAGAGGAAUGGUUCCUCCCACUCAUUCCACUGGGCAGGGAUCCCCUGCAUAAAAUGAACUUAUGGCAAUAAGUCCAACAUUCUAUUUAGUGUUCAGAAAUGUAUUAACUAUUAACAGUGUUAAGUAAGGAGUGCAUGUGCCUUCCCUUUCUCCUUGUACCUUCAGCUUAAGAGGGAGACGUCUUAUUAAGUAACAGUGUCCCAUAACAUCAAACUGGAAAUUUGUGGUUUAAGCUCUGCCUCCAGAAUCUCAAUUUCCUGCUUUAACAAAAACACCUAUGUCUCCAAUCAAGCCAGAUAAAUAAGGGCAAGAUGGAGCAUUCAAGUUUCUUGGUCAUUUAUAUUUCAGCAAACCAGUUUGUUGAAGCAGCAGAGCUAAGUCUGAACAAGGCCAUAUAUAAUAUUAAGUCUUUUAACUUCUUGCCACAUGAUCUGUGUGAGGAAGUGGUUUCAAUGCAAUUAGGAACUCUAAAGCAAAGGUGAGUGGAAUACCAGAUCCUUAUGGUGUAUAAAAAAUUAGUAUUUUGGAAUAAUAAUAAUAAAUCCUCGGUAUUUAUGUUGCAUCCCAGGAUUUCUCGCAGCCACUGAAAAGGUUUUUGGACUGUGUAAUUUAAUAACCAACUGCAUCCAAAUGUAAGCACUUAAUUAGGAUUUCAUAAAAGACCACAGAACAUCUUAAGGACGGCUUUGUCAGGUCACCCGAGUAGUUAAGACAAUGACAAUAGCUUGGUCUACAUGCUUUAAGAAAAAGUGUAAUUAUUUUUAUGGGAGGCAAAGUGUAUUCUAGCAUUUUAUUUCUUCCAGCAAUUGUGUCACACUUUUAUUAAAAUACGUUUUAAACAGCGCACUGAUGUUUCUGUCACUGGUGUUGGUUGCAUCAGAAAUGACAUCGUUAAAUGCAGCUUCACGUACUGGACUGCUUCUAAAUGUUAACCAACAUCUGUAUUUUAGCCGAUGAAAUGUCUUUGAUUUCUUUUUUUCUACAUUUGUUAAAUUAUGCAUUUUAUUUUAUUAUCCUUAUGGUACUGUCCUUUCUAGAAUGACUAGGAAUGGAUUCACUGCAACAAACAAAUCUGAGAAGGGCUGUAGCUUGAUGGCAGAACAUGUACCAUAGGCACUAUCACUGUGGUUGCCCAGCUGGGAGACCCAAGGUGUCACACAUGUGACAUCACAUGGCGCGCCAAGGCCUGAUAGGGCCAGGUGCGCCGUGUGACUCACACAUGUGCCCUCCCAAAUAUGUGCGGAACCCAUGUACUUAGCAUAUAGAAGGAACCAGAUUCGAUUUCUGGCAUCACUAGGCAGGUCUGGGUAGGGCUCAUAUCUGAAGCAUUGGAGAGAUGCUGACAGUCCCUGCUGACAAUACUCAACCAGUGUUCUGAUUCAAUAUAAGACAGCUUCCUGUGUGCCUAAUUAUUUAUCCAGUCCUCCUUCAUUCUUUAGCUGCUGCAAAAUAGUCACAAGUGCCAAUAAAAAGUUUAGAAGAACCAAGAACAGAAUGAAAUUUGUUUCUGUAAGUUAGGAAGCAGGAUAAAAUUGUGAGACAUUUUCAACUUUAUUGGAAGGUCAUGGGAUUUGCUCUAUCUGAUACUUGAGCACCCUCCAGUUUGUUUAUAUUUUUAUGGAAAGGCAAUAUAGAAAUGUUAGAGAAAAAAGCCUCAUUCUGCUGUUAAUGAGAAACAAUCAGGCACUGUGCAGACAGGCAUAAUACUUGAGCAUAUAAACUGUCCUGUUGAGUAGGUGUGUUCAUACACCUGGCUUAGACUAGAGAGUUUAAGCUAAGCUGUAUUCUUUUGAGUUUAUUUCUUGAAACGUAUGUUCAUUUUUUAACAUUUCAGCAACAAAGACUGCGAAGAGCACAACUGGCAAGCAAUGGAGACGGUUUAAGGUAAGAUAUUCAGUCAGGAGCCUUUAAUAUUAACUUGCCAGGGAAUUUGAAAUCCCUGUAUAAUUUUAAUGCAGAAACAACUUCAAUUUUGAAUUCAUUUGAAGCAGCAGGUGGAUGUACCCUUGUUCCCUUUAUAAAUUUGUAGGUUGCAAAUUCACAGAAUGAAAUGGGAAGAAAUUAGCAAGGGUUAGGGUUAGCAGUAUUGAACUGAAACCACAAAAUCUCUCAUAAACCUGUACCUUUUUAAAAAUAGGAUUGUGAUUGGUAAGACUUUCAUCCACACUCAUAAACAUCUGGAAAUCAAUUUCCUGCAGGAAGGGCUCCAAUCAAUUUCCUGCAGGAAGGCCCCCUCCCCCAUGCAACUUCUCACACAGUCUCAGUCCUCCAACCCUCAGAAGCAAGGGGGCUACAGGGGAAGAAAAAUAAGUUAAAAUAUUCUCCCACAUCCCAUUCCUCUAGUAGGAGUAUUAUUACACUGGCUCCAACCCAUCACAUACAAAAUGUAGGAAACUAUAUGUUGGUGUUGUAAGCCAAUCUUUGGUUCUGAACUUGGUCCUCCUUGAUGUAACUUGUUUGUUCUUUCACAGCUCAGUGACAGAAGAGGACUUUGAUUCCUACCUGAGGAAUGUAAAACUACAAUAUGAAGCUUUUCGAAGCAGCAGUAAGUCUUUUUUGUGUGUGGAUGUUCUUCAGCCACAGCUUUUAUUGCUGCUAUCAAGUAGCUCAAAUAUUGCAAAGGGUAUUGAAAACCCUUACACAUCUUGCAUGUAGGUGCACACUAUACAUAUGUCAAUUACAGCAAUUCAAAAUUCACUUCCCUUUCUUAAAAAAUUAUUCAGCGUCCUAGAGGAACAUCUACUGAUCUGCAAUAAGAACCCAUUGUUUUCAUAUGCAGGCUUUAUUUUAAAGUGUCAAGACAUUUUGGUAUAUAUAUAUCCUAGGGUUACUGUUGUAGAUGUCUUUAUUAAAGAGAAUGUUGCUUGGCAUGUGUGCAAUCAAAUACCACAAUAUAUAUUCUAGAUAAUAGUUGUGUGGCAUUUUGCAGAUUUUCAUAUUACUAAAGCUAAAAGCUGUUGGGCUGGUGUAUUGUUUAAUGGUGCUGGUAUAUUUGAAGUAUAAAUAUGUGUUUUGCUCACAGGGCUGUCCUCAGAUGCCACUGUUCUGACACCAAAUACAGAGAGCAGUUGUGACUUGGUGACAAAAACCAAAUCGACAAGUGGGAAUGAUGACAGUAAUUCCUUAGAUUUAGAAUGGGAAGAUGAAGAAGGUAUUUGUUCUGUUCUAUAUUGAUUUUGCUGACCUAAGCAUAUAAAUAAUACCAAAGGUCUGUUUGAACAUCUAAGCAAAUAGAUACUGUUGGGAUAUUUAAAAAACACAGAGUGAGGUGAAAUCCCAUUUCAAUAUUCCUCUCAGAGUUGCAUAUCUUGCUUCCAUAGUGUGGAAACUGGUAAUUGGGAGAUGAAUAUAACUUUUAAGUAUUUGUUGGUUUGGUUAAGUGAAGUAGAAUUGCCAGAAUAAGCCAAUGUUAACGUAAAAACCUGAAUAAAACACAAAUGCAGUCAUAUGAAAUUAGUUACUCCCCAGUUUCCAUUUAUUCUUGCAAUAGUGGUUACUUCUGUUGCAGGAUGGGUUCUUUUUAGAUUUAAACAGCAAAUUGAUGAGACCUUGACAGCCUUAACUACUUGCUUUUUUGCAUUAUGGAAUUACUGUUUUUUACAUUUAUGGCAGAUAUAACUUUGCAAAACUAGCAUAAUAAUGUUUUUGCUAUUGAAUGAGCUGAUGGUUUUUGUUGUGUUAGUAGUAGUAAUCAUCUGCUGCUGCUGCAAUGUCUUUGAAGGGAAGUGCUAAUGGCCUGCUACUACUUCAUUCUUUGCUAUUCAGGUGCAAUAAUGUAGUGACUGUUUUUUCACUUCCCCUGUGCCUAAACAGAAACUUGUAUUCUGCAAACUCGAAGGCAGUGUGUUUUUCAAAGAUGCCUGUGAUUUAUAGUUCACAGAAAAGUGUUUAAAUGUUUUACAGGGGCUAAUUAAGAUUUAAAAUACAAUAUAGAGAAACAAGCUGGACAUACCAUAUAUUUCUUUGGCUGCUAUUUCAUUCAGGAUGCAUCUUUUGUUGAAAGUCAAAUGCAUGGUUGUUCCCAAAUAUAGUAUACUGCUUUUAAAACCGUUUUUUAAAAAAAAUGCAGGCAUGAACAGAAUGGUCCCAUUGCGAGAACGCUCAAAAACUGAAGAAGACAUUCUUCGAGCAGCCCUGAAAUUUAGCAGCAAGAAAACUGGAAGUAACCCAACUUCUGCAUCUGAUGAUUCUAAUGGUUUGGAAUGGGAGAAUGAUUUUGUUAGUGCUGAAAUGGAUGAUAAUGGCAACUCUGAGUAUGCUGGCUUUGUAAACCCCGUUUUAGAACUGUCUGCAUCAGACCAAAAAAAAUCUGAUACUGACCAACAGGACAGAUAAUGAAAUUGUGUGGCCCUUGGCUAUCUGACCAAAUGGUGAAGUUGGGGGAAAACCUACAAAUCUGUAUUGUACACAAUCCUCCAAUCAUUGCUGCUGCACAGCCUCCUUUAAAAUAAGGAAGUUGCACAGUGACAGUACUUGGUGAACUGAGCUCCAGAUUUCCUAUAGAAAAAGGAAACUAUGUCAGUUAAAAGAAUGAAGAGUAUGGUUUGCUAUCUGAAUUCAGAAUUUUAAGUGCAAUUUUAUCAUCUACCUUUGAAAUUCUUUGAAAAUACUUGAGUGAUUCUGUUGUGUCUAUUGUUGGGUUUUAGUACACAAUUGUCUGCACUAAAUGACACAUCGCAGCUUGAUGUUUUAAUCAACGAUCUUGUUCUAGAGCUGUAUUUCUAAUUUCUUUGAAUCUAGGAUGAGCAACCUGUUUCAGCCUGAGGGCUAUCUUUCAUGGGAAACAUUUCAGGGGCCACAUGGCAGUAGUGAUUGAGCCAGAAGCAAAAAUGGGCAGGGCUUAACAUACCUUGUUCGGCAGUCUACAUUCCAGCCAUGCAAAAACCAGAAUUUAUUAUGUGUGUGCUGAGACACACACAGUCUGUCCAUCAAGGUAAGCAAGAGGCAUUAUCACACUUCAAGGAUAUAUUGUUGCCAGGCCAAAGCACUGGAAUAGGGCUGUUGAGAAAUGUGGCCUUUGAGUCCCAAGAGCGAAAUAGAGAAGUCUGAAGAGCCACAUUCAGCUCACUUAUGCAUCCUUGCUUUAAGUAUUGACAUUGGCACAAUAAUUUAUAUAGGAAGUACUUAAAACCUUGAUACUUGAAUGUUAGAACAAUUUUACAGGUAUUAUUUUUUUUCUGUUCAACUUGUUCUGAUAAGAAGAAAUGAAAUUUUACAUGUGAAAUUGAUCUUCAACCCUUCCCUUUUAUUUAUUGACUUCAUGAAACUGACCAGAUCCCUCCCAAGCACAAUGCCUCUCAAACUUAAAAAGGUCUUUAAAAGUAUCGUAUAAGACAUUAUUGUUCUUGUGCAGUAAUGAGCUAGUGAAUAUUGUUAGAAAACUUGGAAAGAAUCUCUGUUUUAAACACUGGAAAUGAAAAGGCUGGUUUUUGGAAGUAAAACUUUAGAUUCUACAGAACCAAAGGUUCAGUUUCCCUACCAACUUGAAAUGCCAAAAGAUGCAUAUAUUUUUAAGUUGUGCACAAAUAAUUUUGUUUCACUGUUGCUAACUUAAUGAACACUGAGAUUAAUAUUGGAAACUCGAAAAUAGUGUUCUUUUGAUAUGGAAGAUGGAAAGCAUGACUAAUUUCUGUGGCUGUAUUAAUGCAAAUUAGUAUUCCAGUCCAAGCUUACCUGGUAUGUGAAAGUUCCAUACAUUUAACUAAUUAAGAUUAGUGACAAAAGCUGUAACUUAAUCAAGUUUAAUUAUUGCUGGAAAUAUGUUGGAGGAUGAUGAUGAUGAUAUUGUCUAAUAUUUUAUUUCUCUUAAAAAUUGUCCUGUGGAUUUUAAUUCUAAAGAGAAGAUCCUCAGUGCCAGUUAGAAUGGUUCUGGCACCCAUGACUCUGCACUGCAGAAAAGCCUCUAUCUUCCUCUAUCCUCUUUCCCCCCAGAAAAGAACACUGCUUUGAAAUGGUACUUGCUCUUUAAUAAACCACCACAGUACAUGUCUGCCAUGCGGAUUUUAGGUUCAUGGAAAAUCUGAAUAUUGCAGAGUUCAGCAGUACAAUCGGAGAGCAAGAGUACUUGCUUUACAUGAUUUCUUAAUACUUCCUCCUUCUUGUAGGGAUUUCUGCUUGCUAGCUUCCUAAAUGGAGAGGUUGCUUUUGCAGAUAUUUACAAGCAGCUGCUACAAGGGCAAGGAAACACAAAGCAGCAGCACAGAAAAUAAUCGAUCAACUUUAGUAGCAGCAGCUCUGUCUCCUGCUGAAGCUUUGCUACCAAUGGCAGCACUCUUUGUUAAGGCCAUAAACUGGGGGGGGGGGGGAAAGGACAGCAUUUACUUUCCUUACUCUCAGAUUCAAUCUCAACAUCUCUAUCUCUACUGCCUUAUAAGAGGCCUUCAUUACUAUUAUGUUGUUAUCAGUAAUCUCUUUCUUUUGGCUCCUGCUCCUUUUACCUCUUCUUGCUCUCACUAUCUUUGAUUAAUUUAUAAUACUUCAUUACAGACUCCAAAUGUUUGCCUUUUAUACAUUUUAUUCACUGCCCCAAUAAUAUGGAUGUAAAGUGGUCAGUGGCAAUAAAUAAUUAUCAAAUGUUUAUAUAGUUAUUUUAACCCAUAUAGUAUGCCAGGAUCACUAUAGAUUGGUUUGUCUCUCCCUGUGCCUUUUAUGUUUAACAAAUAUAUUGGCCACAUGUACAUAUGACAUUAAACAGCUUAUCCUUUCUUAAUGUAUUGCAUUUCAUAAUUGGGAGCUUUGUUGCAUAUUAUAUUUUCAUUUUGCAAUGCCUGUAAUAUGCUUUAUUAUAAGAUUUCUACACUUCAGAUGUAUAUUUUUGGUUUUGACAUGCGCUACUGUCUCUUCCUGACUGUUCAUGUUAUCAGUCCUUAAAGUUUUAAAUUUCUCAAGCUGUGAAUAAAUUUUUACACACUUCAGAACUAGCCUGAUACUACCUGUUCAAACUGGUAUCUGAAAGUGAAGUGAGUUGAAAUGCAAGAAUUGCCUGCCCUGCUGAAAAAUGAACACAGGCAAAGAGCUUGCUUUCUACCAUAACUGAGGGAUGUGCCAUUCCCAGAGGUCAUGGGAUUAGGAGGCUUGCCUAGCUGAUGGACAAGUUCCUUGCUUCUCCCAGUUCCCUGACAGGUCAGCAGAGCCACCCAAUCAGUUGAUUUUAAUACUGCAAGGGUAAAGGCAUGCAUUAGCACAUGCAGCUGACUGGCACCUGCAAACCCUUCUUUUGGCAGGAGUUGCAUCUAUACCUGCCCCACAUCUCGCCUCAUCAGGUAUAGGGCUAGUGGGCAUGGCUUGGGGAAAACAGACUUGCAGACCAAAUGGGGACUCCUGCAUGGUAUAUUGUAUAUGAGUUGGUGGCUUCCCCACCACUACCAGUGGGGUUGGGGUUGGUGGUGGAAUUGGACUGGUAGAAUUCUGAAGAGCAAAGGUGGGGCAAAUUAAUCUCUUCCUGCUAUGCACUGUAGUGGGAGACUCCAAUUUGGAUGGCGAUCAGCCUUAUACUUCUGGAAUUUAUCUUAUCAAUGGCUACUAAUCACAAUUAUUUUAUACUUCUUCCAGUAUCAAGAGGCAGCUGUUGCCCUCUCUUGCUCCUGCACUUUCUAUAGACUUCUGAUUGCUGGACUACAUGAGGCUUGGGUCUGAAUUCAGCAGGGUGGUUCUUUGGAACUUUCACAUCAGUUCUCCACCUCUGAAGAAACAGAACCUGGUAAAAUAACUUUUGAUAGAAUUCAGUCUAAAAUUUAAAAACUUUGCACUUAGCUGUCUUAUUACAUAGCUAAUGCCUACUGUGCCUCAUUCCAAUCUUUGUUCUGUUACUACUGAAAAGACUUGUGGCUUUGCUAUCUAUCACAUAUUGGCCCCACUGCCCUUGUCACGUUAUGUCGGUAUAUUUAGCUCAAAGACACCACCCCUUGCCUUCCUGAUAUUCUUAAGCAUACAGUGACCCAUUGUGAAAACCUGUGAUCACAUUAACACCAUACUGUAUAUUUAAAACACGCUUCCAGCACUUUAACAGUCAUGGUUCCCCUUCCUAAAAUAAUUGUAAGGACCAGUUUGUCAAGGGUGCUGGGAUUGUAGCUCUGUGGGAGAUCUAACUACAGAAUUGACACUUUUACAUAUGCCACAUAAUACCUGUUCAAUAUUUGUAAGAAAUUGAUCCUUGUGGCAGACCCUAACUUUGGAAAUCCCUACCUGCUGACAUCAGACAGGCACCUUUAUUUCCCCCAGCACCCACUAAAAACAUUUUUGUUUACACAAGCCUACCCAGAUUUGUAGAAUGUUGAUGUGUCUUUAGUUUAUUGAUGAUUUUAAAAUUCUGGAUGUUCUAAAUAUUUGUUUUUAACUGUUUUUACCUACAAUUUUAUUGUCCUAGCCUUUUUGUAAACUGCUUUGAGAUGGUUGUUUUUUGCGAUCAAGCAGUGUAUAAACUUUAUUAAAUAAACACUCUGCACCCUUAAACUACAGUUCCCAGGAUUCUUGGGGGAAGCCAUGACUGUUAAAGCGACAGAAGAGUGCUUUAAAUGCUUGGUAUACAUGUUUCUUCAUUUUUAACGCUGUAACCAGUUUUUUCCCUGAGGGCUGAACUUGAUUUUCAAUUUGGCUGCAAUCCUGCAUAAAGCUUGGCAACAUAAAUCCCAUUUUAAGCAGCCUAACUUUGGAUGACUGCAGCCUGAAUCUUUAAUAAUGCUAUUAAUUGCAUUUUAUCCUACCCUUAAGUAGCUAAGGGUAAUGUAGGCAGUUCUCUGCUGAACCACCUCUUAUCCUUGCAAUACCCUGUGAUGAGUUAGGCUGAGAGACUGUGAUUAUAUUGUGUUUAUUUAGUAAACUUCUUAGUUGCUUGUUACACAGAAGGCCUCCCAAGAGACUUGUAACAUACUUUAAGCAUAAGUUAAAAAAAUAUUUUACAAGCACAGUCGCACAGAAAUACGUUCAGAUCAUAAGCAAUACACAAAACAACCCCCUGCUCCACUCAUAACAGCAGCAUAAAGCUCUAGCAGCAUGCUAAUAGCAACCACUGUCCAUCAAAAGCCUGGAAAAGAUGUAUUUUUUAGUCAAGGUCAGCAAAGGCACCAAGUGGACCUCAUUAAUAAGGGGAACCAAACCUGAUUAGACCAGGUCUACCCCAGUGUUCCUCUUGGUUAAAUGCAAAUUUGAAGUCACCUCCUCUGCCGCAAUCCUAAUCUCACAAUCUAACAGAUACUAGCACAAGAGAACACAGCAUGGUGUCCAAAUGGAAUCAAAAUAGUUGCACUACAGUAUUAAUGCUAGCAUGCAUCCGUUUAUGUGCUUUCACAACUUGCAGCAAUUUCAAAUCAACAGCUGUUCAGAAACAGAGCAGGAAGCAUGUACAGGUCAGGCUAUGACAUAUAAAAGAGGCCUUUAGAUAUUGCAUACAUCAUUAUGUUCUCCAAGUUUCUUUUGCUUUUGGGCAGGCUUGCAGUGUCGUAUUUAAACAAAACAUUACCCAGUUUAAUAAGGAAAGCAACUGGUUCCAGUUUUAUAUUGUUGGGUGAUAGUUAGCCAUCCAUCCAAGAUAACAGUGGUAUUACAAGGUCAGAAUUUUCUUUUUGCCUUCAGGUAGUCUUUAGAGCAGAGGUGGCUAACCUGUGGCCUGUGGCAGCUUUCGGACUAAAACUCCCAUUAUCCCAUGAUCAUUGUGCAUGCUGGCUGGAGCUGACAGCUGGAAUUGUUGGGAGUCCUGCAGUAUCUGGAAGGCUGCAGGUCAGCCACUGCUGAAAAGUAUUGAAAGCCUGCAUUGUUACUGCCAAGUCCUCUGGCUGUAUGAUAGAUUAUCAUUUACCUGUUUUAAGCCAGAGGUGGGAAACUGGAUCCCAAUGGUGGGCCAGAUCCUUACCUUCCCCACCCCCAGGAGCCAAUUUUGAUAGAGGAUGCCCUGUCAAUCACAAUGACAGCAGGUAACCUGUUUUCCUUUGCCCAUGCAGUUUGAAGUCAAACCAUGCAGGCAAAGGAAUUGUGUCACAGACUGGUGGCUCCUCACCAGUAUUUUAAGCAAUGAUGCCAAAAUAUCUGUAAAGUGGCAGCUUACAAAGAACAAUGCUAACCUAUUCAUAGUGUAGGCAUAUAUUGGACAUAUGUGAAGGAUACCAUUCAACUGCAAUAGUACAUAGGGCAAAAAAACAACAACAUUGAAUUUGUAACAUUGAAACUAGUAAGUCCAUUUCUCAUGGAGGGCGUUUCCCAUUUCUUCCGUCUCAUCUAUCUCAACUGGAGAUUCAGCACAUGAAAAGCCACAUUCAGGUAUAGGUUCCCGCCAAGACAAGUUUUUUGGCUGCAACAUGGGUGUUUUUGAUAAUUCAAAGCGGAUGUCAAAAUACUUAUCUGACUGUCCUUCUUCUUUUUCCAAUAGCAUUUGGUACUCUCCAAAGCAAACCAUGCAUGUCUCUUGCAAUUCAACCUUAUUCAGGUAAGCCAGUUCAGCGAGAUCCACAAACAGCUUUGUCUUCUUGCUCAAAUUCUUAAUCUCAAAACCCAGCUUUGAGCUGUUGAAGUGUCUGAAACACUGCAGAGCAAACUGAAUACGUGAGGCCCGUCCAUCUACAAAGUUAAAGCGGCAGACCUGACCAUCUCUUCCAAACUUCACUAGGUCAUCUACUUUCACGUGAUGUGGCUGGCAAAAGUGGAAGGCUUGGAAUACAUUCUUUUCCAUUUGACUUGGAUGAUAGACUUUGA